AUGGUGCAGUCAAAGUCCUACUUACCUUCUUCAAAUUAUACAAAAUCAUUUUGGUUAAGCCUUGAAGAUCAAGACCCCUUUUCCAAAUAUCAACAUUCACCUAGAUUACCCAAGGAAACAGAUAUUUUAAUUAUUGGCUCUGGAUAUGCUGGUGCUUCAACAGUUUAUAAUCUAUUGAAACAAGAUCCAAGUUUAGAUGUUACAUUAUUGGAAGCCAGAACAACAUGUUCUGGUGCCACGGGUAGAAAUGGUGGACAUUUGAAACCAUAUGGCCAUAGAGAGUAUUCUCAAUACGAAGAGAGUUUUGGUUCGAGAAUAGCUGCUGAUAUUGUCAACUCAGAAGUGGAUCAUUUAUACACAAUCAAAGAUUUAGUGGAAAAAGAAGGUAUUGAUUGUGAUUUUGUGCUAACAAGAGCAUUUGAUGUCUAUAAAGAAUCAACAAGAUUUGAGAAUGAUGUUGAAUCUCUUGCUAAGCUAGAAUCCAAUCCUUAUGUUAAACAAGAAAUAAAAGAUAGUAUUCAGGUUCUUGAAGGUGAUUCUGUCUCAACAUUGUCAAAAGUUUCAAAUGUUAAACGUGGUAUCACAUAUCCAGCUGCUCAUUUAUGGCCUUGGAAGCUGGUAACUUCAUUAUUAAAGAAAUCAGUAUCAGUAGGUCUGAAGCUUUACACAAAUACAACGGUAAUAGAGGUCUCAUUAGUUGGUAAUAAGUAUAAAAUAGUUACAGAAAAGGGAUCCUUGUUUGCUAAAAAGGUUGUUUUUGCUACUAACGCAUACACAAAAGCAUUGUUACCAGAAUUUAAAGAUGCAAUAACACCAGUUAAAGGUGUUGUUACCCAUAUUAAAUCUUUGGAUAAACCAAUACCACAAUUACCAAAUACUUAUGGUAUAUUUCACAAAUCUGGGUUAUAUAGUGAAUAUUUGAUUAAUCGUGCAGAUGGUGGAAUUAUUGUUGGUGGUGGUAGUGUUUCAAUGAUUGAUGGAACUGGUGAUUAUUCAGAAGUUUAUGAUAAUCCUGAUGAUUCAUAUUAUACCUCAAAAGCCAAAGAAUAUUUUCAAAACUAUGCUCCUAGAACAUUCACCACUUGGAAAAAUUCCAAAUCUGAUAUAACUUGGUCUGGAAUUAUGGGUUAUACUUCCAAUGGAUUCCCUUUUGUUGGAGAUUUGGGGUUUAUUAACCAGCCAAAUGCAUAUAUUGUUGCUGGAUUUUCUGGACAUGGUAUGCCUAGAGUUUAUUUAUCGGGUAAAGCAAUUGCAGAUAGUAUUAUUACUGGUAACUCUGUUUUAGAGCUAGACCAAAUACCAGAAAAUUAUGUGGCUACAUUAGAUAGAUUGAAAAAUUCUAAAGAGAAAAAUUAUAAAAUAGAACUCAUAAACGUUAUUAAAUCUAAACUUUGA